AUGGCGAUCCAAAAGAAGCACGGCAAAGGCCGUCUCGACAAGUGGUACAAGCUCGCCAAGGAGAAGGGAUAUCGUGCGCGUGCCGCUUUCAAGUUGAUCCAGCUCAACAAGAAGUAUGGCUUCCUCGAGAAGAGCAAAGUCGUGCUCGAUCUUUGCGCCGCGCCAGGGUCAUGGUGUCAAGUGUGCGCCGAGACGAUGCCCAAGGACAGUAUCAUCGUCGGUGUCGAUCUCGCCCCGAUCAAGCCGAUUCCCAAGGUUAUCACCUUCCAGAGCGACAUCACCACCGAGAAGUGCCGCGCGACCAUCCGGACACACCUAAAGACCUGGAAGGCCGACUGUGUGCUCCACGACGGUGCGCCCAACGUCGGUACUGCGUGGGUGCAGGAUUCGUACAACCAGGCCGAGCUCGCCCUCCAUUCACUGAAGCUGGCGACCGAGUUCUUGAUCGAAGGAGGAACCUUUGUGACCAAGGUCUUCAGGUCCAAGGAUUACAACUCCCUGUUGUGGGUUCUCAACCAGCUGUUCACCAAGGUCCAUGCGACAAAGCCGCCCUCCUCUCGUAACGUUUCGGCCGAAAUCUUCGUUGUAUGUCUCGGCUUCAAGGCGCCGAAGCGCAUUGAUCCACGCCUGCUCGACCCUCGUUCCGUUUUCGAAGACCUGGCAGACCCGGCGCCGAACAAUGAGGCCAAGGUGUACAACCCAGAGGUGAAGAAGAGGAAGAGAGAGGGUUAUGAAGAGGGAGACUACACGCAAUACAAAGAAAUUGCUGCAAGCGAGUUCAUCCAAACCAUCGACCCAAUCGCCAUUCUUGGGCAGUACAACCGGCUCACGUUCGAACAACCGAAGAACGGUGAUGUAGCGUUAGCCGCCUUGGACAAGUUGCCCGAGACAACAGAAGAAAUUCGGCUUUGCUGCGCUGAUCUGAAGGUUCUCGGAAGGAAAGAGUUCAAACUCCUCCUAAAAUGGCGUUUGAAGGUUCGGGAGAUCUUUGGGUUCCCCACCAAGAAGACCACCAAGACGCCGCUUUCAGAGGAGGUGGCCGAGGUGGAAAAUAUGGACGAGGAGCUCAAGAUCCAGGAGGAGCUGCAGAAGAUCAAGGACAAGGAGUCGUCCAAGAAGAAGAAGGAGCGGCGGAAGGAGAACGAGAAGAAGCAAAAAGACAUUGUGCGCAUGCAGAUGAACAUGACGGCACCCAUGGAUAUCGGUAUGGAGCAGGAGGGUCCCAGGGGCGCGGACUCCAUGUUCCGUCUCAAGGCGAUCGAUCAGACCGACGCUCUGCGGAGGAUAGCCAAAGGCAAGAUGGCCAAAAUCACGGCGGCCGAAGAAGCGAGGAAAGACCGUGAUUCAGGCAUCGGCUCCUCGGGCGAGACGGAUGACGAAACCGACGAGGAAGAGGAUAGGCUGGAGCGGGAGCUGGACAACAUGUACGACAACUACCGGGAAAAGAAGGCGGCCGCCGACGCCAAGUACCGGGCGAAGAAGGCUAGGAAAGAGCAUAGGGAUGACGAGUGGGAGGGUGUGUCGGCGAGCGAGAAGGAGGAGAGCGACGAUGACGAUGAGUUGCUCGAGGAGGACAGCAGCGACGACUCCGAUUCGGAGGAGGGCGGUGACACCGGCAAGCCGCUUCUACGAGACCUCGACAACACACCACAGGAUGAGGCCGGGCUAAAGAAGAUGAUGAAGAUGACGACUGGGAGGAGAAAGAGAAGAAGAACAAGGACGGGCAGGCCCACCGAGGCCAUGACGCUUGCCCACCAGCUGGCGCGCGGCGAAAAGUCGACCUACGAUAUCAUCGACGAAGGGUACAACAAGCAUGCCUUCAAGGACCGGGACGGGUUGCCCGACUGGUUCCUCGACGAUGAGGGCCAGCACGACAAGCCCCACAAGCCCAUCAGCAAGGAGGCGGCGGCGGCCAUCAAGGAGAAGCUACGGGCAUACAAUGCCAGGCCGAUCAAGAAGGUUGCCGAGGCGCGGGCGCGGAAGAAGUUCAAGCAGGCCCAGAAGCUCGAGAAGCUCAAGAAGAAGGCCGAUCUGCUGGCUGGUGAUGAGGGAAUGUCUGAGAAGGAGAAGGCUUCUAGCAUCGCCAAGCUCAUGUCUGCAGCCGGGCGGAAGAAGAGAAAGGCGCCUGUCAAGGUGGUCAAGGCUGCGGGCAUGAACCGCGGUUUGUCGGGUAGACCCAAGGGUGUCAAGGGCAGGUACAAGAUGGUGGACCCGCGCAUGAAGAAGGAGAUGCGGGCGCUUAAGAGGAUUGCGAAGAAGAAGUAA